AUGUUCAAAUCUACAGUACUUAAACAAUCUCGUCUAUUCUCUACUUCCACUGCUCAAUUUGGUAAGAAAGUGUUUUUUGAACCUGCUGUUAAUGGUAAGAAAUUAGGUAGAAUUGAAUUCGAGUUAUAUGAUGAAGUAGUACCAAAGACUGCAGAAAAUUUCCGUGCUUUAUGUACAGGUGAGAAGGGGUUUGGUUAUAAAGGUGUCCCAUUUCAUCGUAUUAUUCCAAAUUUUAUGAUCCAAGGUGGUGAUACAGAUUUAACUAAUGGAUUCGGUGGUAAAUCAAUCUAUGGAUCAAAAUUUGCCGAUGAAAAUUUUAUCAAGACUCAUGAAAAGGCUGGUCUAUUGUCAAUGGCCAACGCAGGUCCAAACACUAAUGGUUCCCAAUUCUUUAUUACUACAGUUCCAUGUCCUUGGUUAGAUGGGAAACAUGUUGUCUUUGGUGAAGUGACUAAAGGGAUGGAUAUUGUAAAGACUAUUGAAUCCUACGGUACUCAAUCUGGUAAACCAAAAGCUGAGGUUGUCGUUGAAGAUUCAGGUGAAAUCGUCAACUAG